AUAAAGUUUCCAAUAGUUUUCUUAUACUUUUCGAUUUACGAAAACAUGUUAUCACCAAAAUCGCACCUUCAACCCCCGACUUAUGGAAACUUGAUAACUAUUCUCAGCAUCGACGGAGGUGGAAUAAGAGGACUCAUCCCCGGAACAAUUCUUCGAUUCUUGGAACAUGAACUUCAGAAACUCGACGGCGAGGAAGUGAGACUUGCGGAUUACUUCGAUGUCAUUUCUGGUACAAGUACCGGAGGUCUAGUAACCGCGAUGCUAACCACACCCGACGAAAACAACCGGCCCUUGUUUUCCGCAAAAGAUAUUACAAAAUUUUACCUUGAACAUUGCCCUAAAAUUUUCCCACAAGUAGAGUCAUAUUUUCCUCAUGCUAGAAAGCUAUUCAAAGCCUUCUAUGGACCAAAAUAUGAUGGAGUUUACCUUCAUAACAUCAUAAGGGAAAAACUUGGUACCACAAGAUUGCAUCAAACACUUACUAAUAUAGCUAUACCAACUUUCGACAUCAAAGAACUCCAACCGACUAUUUUCUCCACAUACGAGGCAAAGAACAAUCCAUGCAUGAAUGCAUUGCUAUCGGAUAUAUGCAUAUCAACCUCCGCUGCUCCAACUUAUCUUCCGACACACCAUUUCGAGAUCAAGGAAUCGUCUGGGAGUGUUAAAGAAUUCAACUUAACCGAUGGUGGUGUUGCUGCAAACAAUCCGACAUUAGUGGCGCUUGGAGAGGUAACAAAGCAAAUAAUGAAAGGAUCAUCCGAUUAUUUUGCUAUAAACCAAAUGGAUUAUGGGCGAGUAUUGGUUAUAUCUUUGGGAACGGGUGGAGCCAAAGAAGAAGGGAAAUAUAAUGCAAAAGAUGCCGCUAAAUGGGGUGUGGCUGGUUGGCUUGCUAAUGGCGGUUCCACACCUCUUAUCGAUGUCUUCACUCAAGCAAGUGCGGAUAUGGUUGACAUUCAUCUUAGCAUAAUCUUUCAAGCACUUCAUUCUGAAAGAAACUAUCUUCGCAUCCAAGAUGACACGUUAACAUGGCCAUUGUGCUCGGUGGACAUAGCCACUAACGAGAACUUGGAGAAUCUCGUGAAAGCAGGGGAAACUCUAUUGAAGAAACCGGUUUCUAGGGUGAAUUUGAACACGGGUAUUGUGGAACCUACUUCUAAUCGCGAGACUAACGAAGAAGCGCUCUUGAGGUUUGCCAAGUUACUAAGUCAAGAGAAAAGACUCCGAGAUAUUAGAUCACCCCAUAAAUAAACAUGUUGUGAGUCGAUAAUGAAAUAAUUUGUUUAAUAACCUCUUGUAUGAACAAUGGUUCUAAUAAAUGUAAAAUCUUAAUUUAUCUAAAAAUUUAAUCAACUUAAAUAAUUUCUUU